AUCUUUUUCCGCCAUUUCGCUACUGUAUCUGUACACUCUUCCAGUCUGCCAGCCUUAUAAUACUAUUGGAACAAGAAUGCGGGCAUUUCGAGCACAUAUUCCCUACUGUAAACUGCUGUUUCUGCACUAAGAAUGGUUGCUUUCUGGGCGGCAGAGCCGCUCAGCUCAUGAUCUGAUGAAUUUUUCCUCAAAGCAAGGUUGGAACUAGGUAUUGAACUAUUCCUAGCUGUAUCCUUGAAACAUGAAACCCAAAUUAAAGAAAGGCUGGCGCUCAAUCAUUCCUUUUAAUGUGCAAGGAAAAUCAGCCAACUGUUUUUGCAUCUUUCCCAGUGUAGAUUCAGCAGGCUAUAGUCCAAAGGAUGCACCUGUUUAUCUCAAUGUGUACGACUUGACUCCUAUGAAUGGUUACUUUUAUUGGGCAGGCCUCGGCGUAUUCCAUACUGGAGUAGAAGUGCAUGGUGUUGAAUAUGCUUUUGGAGCCCAUGACUAUCCAACAAGUGGUGUCUUUGAGGUUGAACCUCGCCAAUGCCCUGGAUUUAAGUUUAGAAAGUCUAUUCUCAUAGGGACAACCUUUAUGGAUCCCAUCCAGGUUAGAGAGUUCAUUGAGCAGCAAUCCGCAUAUUACAGCGGUGAUACGUAUCAGUUGGUUAGAAAGAACUGCAAUCAUUUCUGUGAGGAUAUAUGUUACAGAUUGACGGGGAAUCGCAUACCAAAAUGGGUGAAUCGGCUGGCAAGAAUAGGGUCAAUUUGCAAUUGCAUACUUCCUGAAUCCCUGAGAGCUUCUACUGUGCGGCAUGAUGCAAAUUUUCAAGGCUGUGACAGUGAGAAAAAGAAACUGAGGAGCUCUUUUGGCUGCCUGUCUUCAAUUUCCUUGCGUCAGAAGGAGAGAGAAGUAUCAAUAUCGUCGUUGUUCUUACAUUCUCAUUACAAAGGCUGCUUGACCCCAUGGGAGCCAAAAAUUUCUAAAAGUGGUUCUUUAAAGGAUGGAUAACAACUCCUCUUUAGUUGAUUCUUUCAUGCUUACUAAAUUCUCGCGUGUUUAUCGCUAGUGGGUUCUCCUUUUUGGUCCAGAUGCUUUUGGAGGUCAAAAGCAAGCUUUGCUUUUUGGUGACACACGAUGCUUGUCCUUCGGUCUUUUUGGCUUGUAUAUUAGGGCAUUCCAUGUAGUCUCUAGAAGAUUAUAUGCCAGUUGAAUGGCAUUUCAGGGAUGAGAUCACAUUUCUUGGUUGUAAAAGCCAGCAAAAAUGUGGCUGCAUUGAUGUCCAAGCACAAUUUAUCUGUCUCGGGCAUCAUCCUCUUCACUUUUCGUGGAGACCCAACAGCAUGGCUCCAGGGCUCUUAUAGUCGUGUGAUCACAGGAUCAUUCUGCUCUUGAUCCGUUUGCAACACAUUGUUUUGUUACCAGAUUGGUUAAAGAAACGAUUUUUCCGUA